AUGGCGGGAGAAUUGCGGCGUCCUGAGCAACUACGCUUAAAGUGGGAAAACUUAAAGAAGUCAUCAAAGAAACGCAAUGAAUUGACAAGGCAAAAUAAUUUAAAGACUGGUGGUGGAAAGAUGUACAUGCCUCCUGAUGAAGCACUAGAUUGUGUAACAUCUAUGUUAGGUGCAACAUGCACGGGGUUCGCUGUGGAGUUUGGUGGUGAUGGGGAAAGUGAAAUGAUUCCACCAGAUGCAGUGGUGGAACUCAUGGAUUUACAACCUUUACCGGAGCAUUGA